UCUCUCUCUUUGCAAAAACACACUCAAAAGAGGAAAAACCAUAUUUGCAAAGCCAAAAAUGGGAAACUGCUUGAAGCACCAAUCCUCCACCAAAUACACCACCGACGACGACGUCGAUGAGUGGGAUUUUCAGGCAGCUAAGAGUGAUUUUGCAGCCAGAGACGGUGGUGCCACCACUCCAAAAACAAUAAGGGAGGUGAAGAUAAAGAUAACGAAGAAGCAGCUGGAGGAGUUGCUCAGCAAAGUGGACGUGAGGGAGUUGAGAGUGGAGCAGGUUUUGUCACAGUUGAUGAACCAUAGUCGUGGGUAUGAAUCACUUCAGAGACCAUGGAAGCCAGCACUACAGAGCAUCCCUGAGAUGAAUUGAGUUUAGUUUAGGUAUUUGGAGUUCAUGAAGGAGAGUAUUGGUCUAUUGGGUCAAUCUUUCUUCUUGAUUUCAUGCUAGAUUAUUCAGCUUUUUUCUUGUAAUUUGGAGGGAAAACAAAGGGUGCUUAUAAUUUUUGCUCUUUGUACAUAUAACAAAAAAGAGGCUAGUUUCUCUCCUUAUUCUUGUUCUGAUUUUUUUUUUUUUUCUAUCUUUUAUUGAAUUCUCAAUUUGUUUGUCCCCUGUGUGAUUGUUUUGGAUGUCAAAUUAUGUGUGGAAAUGGAAGGACUUGAAA